AUGUCUGACCAAGCGCAAGCGGACUCGCACAGCGAUUCGCUGUGCUCGUCCCAAGUUCGCGGCGGCAGGCAUCUCCUCGUCCUCUCCUCGGCGGGCAAGCCCAUCUUUUCGCUGCAGCACGGCGACGAGACGUCCGUCGCCGAUCUUGCCGCGCUUGUCGCCGCAAUCGUGUCCUUUGUGCAGCGCGGCGGCGACGAGAUCCGGCACGUGCGUGCGGGCGCGACCUCGCUCGCCUUUCUCGUGCGUGGGCCGCUCUAUCUCGUCGCCUCCUCCUCGUGCGGCGAUACGGUGCCCUACCUCUCCCGCCAGCUGGCCGCACUGCACGCGCAGCUCCUCUCUGUCCUCACCUCAAAGGUGGAGGAGGUGUUCGCGCGCAACGCCGGCUUCGACCUGCGCUCGCUCCUCGGCGGCACCGACCGCGCUCUGCAGAGGAUGCUGCGCGGCGCCACCUCCUCUCCCUCGCUGCUGCUGCAGGCGCCGCCCGCGAUGCGAGCACCGCCGGCGCUGCGCGGCGAGCUCACGCGAAGGCUGCGGCGGAACCGGCCGGCGCCGCUCCUCUUCGCCCUGCUGCACUACGCCUACACGGCCACCUCCCUCGGCCAGUCCAUCUCGCCGCUCCUCCCGGCCGGCAGCCCGUACGCCGAGCCGGCCGCACUCGAGCGGCUCCUCCGCCGUUACCAGCGCGCGCAGGCCCGCACGCACGCCAAGGGCAGGGACGGCCCGGCGCACGAGUACUUUGCGGCCUCCGACUCGGAGCUCGUCGUCGCGUGGCGCGGCGCCGGCUUUGAGCUCUACGUGGCGCUCUGGCCGCUGAUACAGCUUCCGGCCGCGGCCGCAGCGUGCAGCCAGCUACUGCGCUGGCUGCGGCGGGAGGAGAAGGCCCUCUUCCUGACGUACACCAAGUAUUGA